AUGUACACCACGCCUGGUAGGCGGGUGACGAACCAGGCGAUCGCAAUCUGUCCAUCAUGUGCCACCCGGCUGGGGGUAGUGUGGCGCGCUCUGUCGUCGUCUCCCACCCUCUCGGCCAAGAGGACCCGUGUGCCAAAGUACGUUAAACAGGCCACUAUAAUACCACGGGUCCUUCAAGGCGGGAAAAAGGCCCCGGAAUCGACGGGCCUGCGACGCAGACAUGGAGAGAAACCAAUCUAUCUUGCGCCGGAGCUCGUGACAGGUCUGCAGAAGCUGGGCUUCUCCUCCAUCUUCGAGGUCAUGAACGUGCUGCGACACUUCAACCACGAGGUGACGAGCCUGUCGCCAGCGACCGUCUUCCAAGUCCUGACUACACACGAGCGCUUCACGCAGAUCGCGGAGCAGGAGUUGAAGAGGCCCGAGGCGCGGCUCAUGCGCGACCCGAACCUCCUGCGCAAGGCUUUCCACCUCCUAGGCCGGAACUACUUCCACCAGCAAAACAGACAGGGUCAGGAAGGGCUUGCCGCGCUGAGGGCGGCGUUUUUGGCUGGAGAAGUCGAUGCCGGGAUUGAUGCCGCGGCGGCCGAGGCCAUGGUGAACAGAAGUCGCGUGGAGUCGGGCGCGACUUCAAACUCGAGCACGCUUCUCUCGCCACGGCUCUUCGACUUCAUCAAGCAGCGAGCCCGGGCAAGGGCUGACUGGCGCGCAAUGACGCUGUAUCUGAAGGAGAUAUCGAGGGUACCCCAGACAGAAGUGUUAGCGCGGGACAACUACAAUCUUGCAAGGGAGUUGUUCGACAUGCUCGAGCCCAGCAAAGAGCUUCUUCUCGAAAACACGCAGCUUCUACGAGCAUUCGAGCCGCCGUGGAAGAUCCUCCACGACGCUGCGGUCGCCUACCUGGCGUACACUCCUGAGGGCUGCCCCGAGAACGACAAAGUCCAAGCAGACAUCGAGACUGCCCUACGCGAGGGAAUCCACAAGUACUCGGAUCCCCGGGCCGUGGCGCCCGCUCUGCGCCAGCAGCGCGUGAUACCAUGGCACUCGUCUGAAUGGGUCGACCUUGCAACCCAGGCGGCGGCCGCGGGCGUCCACCACGCUGCCUUCGACCUUGCGAUGUACCACCUCCGCCAGGGGGCUUGGCGGCCCAAGCAAGCGGACAAGAAGCCGACAGACUGGACAGGCAUUGAAUGGCUUGCCGUCAGCGCCGCCCUGUCCGCUCCAGACAUUCGGACGAUGGUCCAAUCGAGGUAUCUCGGCCUGGCGCAUCUUCUGCGGGAGCACGGCUACCUGGCCGAGGGCUACGCCUGGAUGCAAUAUGCGAAAGAAAACGCUGCGGAAGCGGGCUUGGAUCCGGACAAGGAAUGGGAGCAUUUCAUCCACGACUUCGAGCUAGCUUGGGCGAAGGCGGAAAAGGACGACGAGAUGCAGAAAUACAUCCAACACAGCGACAAGUUCUUUGCGCCCUACUUGGACGAGCGGGACAAGUAA